AUGGCGCUGUUCAGACGCUUCUUCUACCGGAAGCCACCGGAUCGGCUUCUGGAGAUCUCCGACAGGGUUUACGUUUUCGACUGUUGCUUCUCCACCAAUGUCAUGGAAGAGGAUGAGUACAAGCUCUACUUAGGUGGCAUUGUAGCACAGCUGCAGGACCACUUUCCCGAUGCCUCAUUUAUGGUGUUUAAUUUUCGAGAGGGAGAUAGACGGAGCCAACUUUCAGACAUCUUAACACAGUAUGACAUGACAGUUAUGGAUUACCCUCGUCAAUAUGAAGGGUGUCCAUUAUUGCCUCUGGAGAUGGUUCAUCAUUUCCUUCGAUCUAGUGAAAGCUGGUUGUCAUUGGAGGGGCAACAAAAUGUGUUGUUAAUGCAUUGCGAAAGAGGAGGAUGGCCUGUGCUUGCUUUCAUGCUUGCCGGUCUUUUGCUAUAUCGGGGGCAGUAUAGUGGGGAGCACAAGACUCUUGAAGCGGUCUACAAGCAAGCUCCUAAGGAACUUCUACAUGUUUUAUCUGCUUUAAAUCCAUACCCUUCCCAGCUCAGAUAUCUUCAGUAUAUUUCUAGAAGGAAUUUUGGGGUUGAUUGGCCUCCUUCUGACACACCCUUAAUUCUCGACUGUUUGAUGCUUAGAACCCUUCCACUCUUUGAAGGAGGAACAAGUUGCAGGCCGGUUGUGCGUGUUUAUGGCCAGGAUCCUUCAAAACCAGCCAAUAGAACGUCUAAGCUUUUGUAUUCAACUUCGAAGACUAAAAGACACAUACGCCAGUAUGCACAGGAAGAGAGUAUGCUUGUGAAAAUAGAUCUUAGAUGCCGUGUACAAGGUGAUGUUGUCGUUGAGUGUAUCCACUUGGACGAAGACCUCUUGCAUGAGCAGAUGAUCUUCAGACUGAUGUUCCAUACAGCAUUUGUGCGAGCAAAUAUUUUGAUUUUGAACCGUGAUGACAUUGAUAUUUUGUGGGAUGCCAAGGAUCAAUUUUCACGGGACUUCAAAGCAGAGGUACUUUUUGCCGAUGCAGACACUGUUCUCCCAUCUCUCACCACAGUUUUGACUGGUGAGGAUUUGAAUGAUUUAGAAAGUGCUUCACCUGAAGAAUUUUAUGAGGUGGAAGAGAUCUUCACAGUGGAGGCGCCAGAAUCAAAAGGGAACUUUGAUACUCAUAUAACCCAGAAGGCAUCUCAUUUAGAGCAUACAGAAGUUGUGAAAGAGGAUGUGGAAGUGCCGUCUUUCCAAGAUUGUAGGGGUGAUGAUGUGAACCACAAGCGUGGUGGGGAGCUUAGUUCUAAUGUUGAUCCUGUGAAGGAUAUUGCUGUAGAUGAUGUGAAAUACCGGUUGGAUGACAAGGAGGUUUCUGAUCUUGAAGCAGUGAAAGACAUUACUGUCGAUAAUGGGAAUAUAAAGUUUGGUCCUGCAAAUGCCAUAUCUGAUAUCCCUGUAAAUGACAAUACAAAGGUAAUCACUUAUGAAGCAGAUGGAGAUUUCAAAGUGACUGAGGAUAAAGGUGGUGAUAUAGCAAGCAGUCCAAAUAUGAAGGUAGAAACAAGUGUCUUACAAGAGAAUCAGAAUGAACUUGAUAGAGAAAUACAUGUGAAGCCAGGUCCACUUUCUCCAUGGCUUUCUCUUGCUAGCAAAUCUCCAGAGACAAUGCGUACCAAGCAGAAGAAACAGUUUGAAAAUCUGGGUGACAACUUAAGACGAAUGAAGCCCGAAAUAUCGCCUCUGUGGCUUGUACCUAGCAAAGGUCUCGUGAGCAGUCCGGUGAAUGUUACCCAUCCACCAUCAAGGUAUAAUAGUGCACCGCCUGAUUUUUCUCUACCUUGGGUUCGUGAAGAGUCCAGUGAUGGUGCCAACAAAAAGUCAUCUUCUACUGCUUCUGCUCACUUGGAUUCAGAUUCGAGCAAGUUGUUCUCUCCGUCCACUGAUAAUCAAGAGCAGACAACAUCCAUCCAUGUACCUCCUGCACCACCCAUACCUCGAUCCACAGCACCAUCAUCUUCAGUUGCCAAAGCAGUUUUGAAGCUACCCUCAUCUCUGUCCUCCAUCCCAUCACCACCACCACCUCCACCUCCUCCACCGCCUUACAUGCAAUCAAGCAAGCUGAAAGUUGAGAUGGUAUCACAAAAUGCAACCUCACAGUGCACUCCUCCUCAUCCCCCUUCCAUUGCCAGCAAUGGACAUAACAUUGGGAUAACAUUGCCCCCUCCACCCCCUCCAUUUCCUUGGAAAUCCGUGACUGUAAAUACUUCAAUUUGCCUUACUACUAGAGCUCCUCCUCCGCCUCCUCCACCACCACCUCCCCAAUUCCAUUAUAGCUAUGGUACCUCAUUAACUACUUCACAACCAGAUGUUGGAAUCCUUGGUUCACCUUCUCUUCCAUUGGCACAUGGUACGCCUUCCACAACACCACCACCACCACCACCACCUCCACACGUGCCAACAGAAACUGCUCCUACAGCACUGCAACUGCCUCCGCCUCCGCCUCCGCCUCCACCUCCGCCUCCGCCUCCACCACCUCCUGGUCUCUCCUGGGGGUUUACUUCUACACCACCAUCGUCACCACCUCCACCACCUCCACCACCUCCACCACCUCCUCCUUCCCAAGUGGUUUCUCAAUGUUUUUUGUCUUCAACAUUGCCGCCCCCUCCACCGCCGCCCCCAUUGCCACCUCCCUUUAGCCAGUUGCAGAAUGUUGCUCAUUGCAGUCCACCACCUCCCUUUAUUCAUUUGCAGGAUGUUCAUUGCAUCCCAUCAUCGCCACCGCCGCCGCCACCACCACCACCACCGCCUCCUAUAGCCAUGAAAAGUCGAGGUUCUCCACUUGCAUCACCAUCAUUUUCAAGAAGUGGACCUCCACCUCCGUCGCCGCCGCCACCGCCACUGACACCUACUAAAUUGGGAGCUCCUACACCACCUCCACCUCCACCUCCUCCCCCUCCUCCCCCACCACCAUCAGUAUGUGGGGCUCCUCUACCACCACCUCCUCCAUCAGUUAGGGGGGCUUUUCUACCACCGCCUCCUCCUCCUCCUCCUUCAUCAGUCAGUGGGGCUCCUCCACCUCCACCACCACCUCCUUUUCAUGGAGUACCAGCACCACCUGCACCACCACCUUUCAGUGGAGCACGAGCAGCACCUCCACCACCACCUUUGCCUGGAGCCCCAGCACCACCUCCACCACCACCUACUUUUCAUGGAGUACCAGCGCCACCUGCACCACCACCUUUCAAUGGAUCACGAGCAGCACCUCCACCACCACCUUUGCCUGGAGCCCCAACACCACCUCCACCUCCUCCAAUGAUUGGAGCACCAACCCUGCCCCCUCCUCUAAUGCGGGGGGCACCACCUCCACCACCCCCUCCAGGUGGUGGGCGUGGACCUCCUCCUCCUCCUCCUCCUCUUCUAGGGGGCCGAGGGCCUCCUCCACCCCCUCCUCCUGGAGGAAGUGUUCCUGGUCCUCCGGGAGUUGGGCCACCCCCACCACCACCCUUAGGUGCCAAAGGAGCUGCUGCUGAUGCAAGAGGUAGAGGACGAGGGCGUGGAGUGGGUGCUACUAUGGCAACUCGAAGAUCUUCACUGAAGCCAUUGCAUUGGAGCAAGGUAACAAGGGCAAUACAAGGAAGUUUGUGGGAAGAACUACAAAGGCACGGGGAGUCCCAAACUGCACCAGAAUUUGAUGUGUCAGAGAUAGAGACCCUUUUUUCUGCAAUAGUUCCAAAACCUGCUGACUCCAGUAAAGGUGGAAAAAAGAAGUCCGCUGGAUCAAAACCUGACAAAGUUCACCUGAUUGAUUUGAGGAGGGCAAACAAUACUGAAAUUAUGCUUACGAAAGUUAAAAUGCCUCUCUCUGAUAUGAUGGCUGCAGUACUUGCCAUGGAUGAGUCAGUUCUAGAUGUUGAUCAAGUGGACAAUCUUAUAAAGUUCUGCCCAACCAAAGAAGAGAUGGAGCAACUCAAGAACUACACUGGUGACAAGGACAACUUGGGAAAGUGUGAACAGUACUUCCUGGAGCUAAUGAAAGUACCACGUGUAGAAUCAAAACUAAGAGUUUUUUCAUUCAAGAUCCAGUUCAGUGCUCAGAUUUCAGAAUUUAAGAAGAGCUUAAACACGGUGAACUCUGCGUGUCAUGAGGUAAAAAAUUCCCUGAAACUGAAGGAAAUCAUGAAGAAGAUUCUCUAUUUGGGGAACACCUUGAACCAAGGAACUGCACGGGGUGCUGCAGUUGGAUUCAAGUUGGACAGUCUUCUGAAACUUACUGAUACCCGAGCUGCGAACAGCAAAAUGACACUUAUGCAUUACCUAUGCAAGGUAUUUGCUGCAAAGUCGCCGCCACUUUUAGAUUUUCACCUAGAUCUGGUUAGCCUUGAAACUGCCUCAAAGAUACAAUUGAAGUCAUUAGCAGAGGAAAUGCAAGCUAUCAUCAAGGGAUUGGAAAAGGUAAAGCAGGAGAAUACAGCAUCAGCAAAUGACGGCCCCGUGUCCGAGGUCUUCAGAAAGGCAUUGAAAGAGUUCAUAUCUGGUGCCGAGGCAGAGGUGGCUUCUGUGACAAAUUUAUAUUCUGUAGUGGGUAGAAAUGCAGAUGCACUUGCAUUAUACUUUGGUGAAGAUCCUGCACGCUAUCCGUUUGAGCAAGUUACUGCAACCCUCUUGAAUUUUGUGAGGUUGUUUCGGAAAGCACAUGAAGAGAACUUGAAGGAGGCUGAAGCAGCUAAAAAGAAAGCCAGUAAGGAUGCGGAAAUGGAUAAGGCAAAGACUCCAAAGAAAAGUAGUGACACAUAG